AUGCAAGUGUCCGACGAGCAGCGUACACUUGGAAUCGCGGUAGCGGUCAUCAUGCUCUGCGUUUCCUGCACCUGCCUGGCGAUAUGCGGCGCGUGCCUGUGCGUCUGCGUACGAGGUGUGCCAGCCAAAUACGUACCCCAGAUCGAGGCCGUCCUCAAGGAUCUCGACUCCCAAGGCUACCUGCCAAGGUUCUCGGAGGAUUCCGCCGAAGGCGGGCGGCAGGACCGUCAGGUCGCAAGGAGUCCGGAGAUCGACGACCUGCCGAAGCUGGAGGAUUUGGAGUGGGAGAUACCUCAGGCGCUGCUGGGCCUGGUGAAGACGGGGGAGUUCAGAGACUUUGCAUUCUCUUCAGAGCUCUACUCGUGUCACGAGAGGCAACAUGUCUUGGGGCUGCAGUCCAUUCCAGGGAUCUCUUCAAGCUGCUAUCCUUGGCGUGUGCCUGACUUGCAGUUGGCAUGGGCUGCAGCAGUUGGCCUUGCAGGGGCUUCGUUCGAGCUCCAGAAUUCAACAUCGCAGAAGCCGAAGAGCAGGUGGGCCCUCAGCUUUGUUGGAGCCUGGCCUCACGCACCGAUGGCAGUGCCCAACAGGCAGGCCUGGUCUGAAUGGGGUGGAGAGGAGUUGCUGGUCCGCGGGACCCACGUUCUCCUGUGGAGUUUGAGGUCGACUUGUGCCGCCAGGCGGAAUGGUAAGCGUGCAGUGCAGGAGACCAGACCUGCGCCGGGUCAUUGGCAGGUCCUCGACGACUGGGGCUACCACGACAUCGGCUUCCGGAACCCGGAGAUGCGUACACCAACUUUGGACUCCUUUCAUCACGAAGGAGUUACUCUCGACCAGUACUACGUGCUGCCGACGUGCUCCCCCAGCCGAGCCACCUUCCUGACGGGGCGACUUCCCAUUCAUCAUGGUCUCAACUCCAAGUUGAAGUUCGAGAGUGUGGGGCUGCCACUGGACGAGAAGCUGUUGCCUGCGCUCUUGAAGGAGCAGGGCUACAAGACGCAUGCAGUUGGGAAGUGGCAUCUGGGCUUCUAUCGUGCAGCUUACACGCCGACCUUUCGAGGCUUUGACAGCUUCUACGGGUACUACAUGGGGUCGCAGGGCUACUUCACUCACAAGCUUUACACCUACUACGAUUUCCAUCGCCAAGACAAGCCGAACUGCGGCAAGCAGUGUUCGCGAGUGGAGUGGAAGGCAGCUGGGAUAUACUCGACACGGCUCUUCACGGAGGAAGCAGUGCGCCUCAUCCGCCGUCACAGCGCGUAUUAUCCCGGCCAGCCACUUUUCCUGUACCAGGCAUGGCAGAAUGUCCAUUACCCGGUAGAAGUGCCGCGGCGGUUUCUCCCGCAAUUCAGCAACCUGAUCAGCAACACGACACGGCAGGUCCAUGCCGCCAUGGUCGCUGCUGUUGACGAAGGCAUUGCAAGCAUCAAUGCGGCUUUGAGCAGCGUCGGCAUGUUGGAGAACUCUGUCAUCAUAGUGACCGGGGACAAUGGAGGAGCCAUCGAUGAGUGUCUGCCGAACGGGGCUUCGAACUACCCUCUCAGGGGUGGCAAGUGCAGUGUCUGGGAGGGAGGUGCCCGCUCCACGGCGCUGGUCUAUGCACCGGGACGUGUUCCUCAAGGCCUUGUCUUCCCUGGCCUAUUCCAUGCCAGCGACUGGCUGCCUACCAUCAUGGAGGGCCUUCUUGGAGCUGAAGUCAAGGGCACCAAGCCAGUGGACGGUCUCAACCUAUGGCCCGCCCUGGCUCAGAACGCGUCGUCACCUAGGAGUGAUAUCUUCUACGGAAUUGCUGAUCACACCGUUGGAUUCCAUGGCCCAGCUCUGCGAACUGCUGACGGCUGGAAGCUACUGCUGAAUGGCGGAGGUGGCAGCGGCCGAUGGUCGAAUGAGUCAAGGCUGCUUGCGGCUGACACAAGGACGCCGCAGAAGAUCUACCCUCAGCUUUUCGACCUCAAGACAGACCCCUCGGAGAGGUUCGACUUGAGCCAAGAGCGACCUGACAUUAUGGGACGCCUCAGAUCCCUCCUCUUCCAUUACGAGCGGUCGGGCAGACCCCAGGUGCUCCCUGAUCGGAGUUGCCGACCGAAUGAGCCCACGCGGUCCCUGGAUUGGACCAUGGUGCUGAAAUGUGCUCAGCGUGGAGACCACUCGGUCAACAACGUGGCCGUCUCUUUGUACCUGGCCGGCCUGCUGGUGGUGGAGCGGCAUCGCGAACGCCGGCGGCCACUCAAGGCCGCCGGGCGCUUCGUCCACAAGUCCGCGCCCAUCGCUCCGCUACUGCAGGUGCUGGGGCCGAUCAUCCGUGGCUUCCAGCAGCCUCUGGGAGAGGUGCAGAAGAAGCUCCUCUUUGACACGCUGAUACCAUUGCACAAGCCGAACGAGUGGCUGCUUUGGGACAGACAGACUCCUAUGAUCUCGAUGUAUCACAAGGAGCUCGUCCACUGCAUGCUGCUCAUGCUCGAGAAAGAUCCCACACUGGCUGGAAAGUGUGUGGAGGCCGUCUGCUCUCACUUCCCUCCAUCGCAUGAGUCCAACACUCCAAAGGAAGUCUUGCUCAUCCACGAGAUUGCAGAGAUCUUGAAGGUCCUGGAUCCGGAGGAUGCAGCGGUUUGUAUGCCCCAGCUGCAAAGGCACAUCCUUCGAUUGUUGACGUCGCAGAAUGGCCAGACUCUGCAGUCAGUGCUGCAGUUGUGGAAGGACGAGCGCGUCUCGAAGCUUUUGGCCAACUUCGCGGAUUCGCUGAUACCGGGCAUGCUGCCUCUUCUCGUGAGGGACGGCGAGGUCUUCUGGAAUCCCACAGUGAACAAAAUGACCUGCCUGGUCUUGGAGAAGCUGGAAGCUGCCAAACGCAUUUCUGCGUGCUCGGCCAUGGCUGCACAAAAUGUGGAGACGGAUCUUUGCUCGGAUCUUGGCUUGGUGUCUUGCCAGAUAGGCUUUGGUGGUGUCAAGCCCACUGCUGGACAGACCUACAGCUGGGCAGGAACUGUGCCGGACCGCUUGGCAUUUCUUUCGAUCACGCCUUGUGAAGGCUCGGGGAAAGAAAGAGAGAACGAAGAGGGCGUCAGACUCUUGCUUUGCAGGCGUGUGAGAAGAGACCUGCAGGCCGUGUUCGAGCUCCCUGUCGGCGAGCCGGUCCACUUGCCUCACGUUUUGAGGCAAGGGAGAAUUGGCGCGCUGCUGCAAGACCUCGUCACUGCCCAGGCCCUCGACCGCCUGCAAGAUGCUCAAUGUGUGGUGGGCCGCAUCACCCUGCGCCUGCUUCUGUGCCUCUGGUCUGACCCCGCGGCCAGGCGCUGCGACCCCGAGGCGCUGCAGGGUGACGUGCUCGUGGCCCUGGGCCUCGAAGGGAGGCCAGGAGGUCAACCUGUCGGUUUGGAGGCGACGCUCCGUUCCGGCUGGCCAACGCUGAGGCUUAUCCACCUGUAUGUAUCGCGGCUCCGCGCGCUGAAGGCCGACGGUGAUCUUCGGCGAGCUGAUAGCUGGUCCGCCGAGAUGGGUGGUCGGCUUCUGCAGGGUGCUCUGAUGCCGAGAUCCUCUUCCCUUGCAGAUCAGUGGCAGGAGGAAGUGGUGCUGCUUCGGGCAGCGGUGGAGAUUAUGAGUCGCAGCUCCCACUACGAGGCUUGCAAAGGCUUCGCAGAGUGGCCGUCUUGCCCAUAUCGACCUCCAUUCGAUCUUGCACUAUGUGGGCAGGGCGCUUUGGGUUCCCUGACCAUCCAACUCGCCUCGGACACCAGCCGGUGUCUAGGCGUCGGAGGCAUCCUGUCUGAAGAUGUUCCAAGCGGGAGUCCAAUCCAUGUUUCGGACUGCUUACCAGAUCGCGGCGCCAAAGCUCAGCGCUUCCUCGUGCCUGAGGACAAAGGAGAGAUCAGGCUGGCAGAACACCCGACAAAGUGCCUCGACAUUCGAGGCCGAGGUGAAGUUGUGCGGGGAACCCCAAUUCAACUCGAUGCAUGUGCCUCGACGCCGACGGGGGUCCACCCAAAUCAAAGGUUCGUAAUACCCGGCCGAAGCGGGCAGGUCCGAUGGGCAAAGAACCCAAGCUGGUGCCUGGCCGUUUCUGAAGGGACUCUGGUUCUGGACCUUUGUGAUCAGCCAGGUUCAAGUCAUUUCUUGCUGCCUGCGCCGGCCUUCUCCCAGCUCUGCAGAGAAGGUCUGGACAUGGGCACUGCUGGCCCAGGUGCUCCCUUACUGGCCGCCGCAGCGGCGCUGGCUGCUCUCGCGAUGAGAGGGCUGACAGUGCCGGAUGGUGGCUGCGCGGGAGCCGAGCGGCUUUGUGGAGCGGCCCUUCGGAGCGCAGGCAGAGAAGGACUCGAGGUGAUGUGGCAAGAGGCGGAGUCUGCCCUGCUCGCAGGCCUCACCUUGGAGGAAGCACCGGCCCUGGAGACCUUGGCCCGGAUGCCAUGGCCUCUGACAGAGCUGCUGGCUGCGGCCUCCAGGAAAGGCCACGAUGCCGCCCAGCAGACAUCUCAUCCAACGCCCGGCCGAGGCGGAAUCUGCGCCUGUGAUCUGAGCCUGUGGCCGGUCGAGGAGGCACGAAGUGUUGCUGCUGCUCAGAAGGUCUUGGAGGAAAUCAAUGGUGGCCCGAAGACCUUGGAUGCCUUGUCCCAGGCUUUGGAGUCUCCAAGCGCGAAGACCGCCUGCGGCGCCGCUUGGGGUGGCAGACUCGCCACUGCCGAGAAGCUCUUAAGCGAGCUCUGGGGGCUCCACCCGGAUUUGCCCAUGGAGGAGUCCUUACCUUUGGCCGCCUCGCUGCGGGACUCGGGGUGGGCCUUUGACGCCGGCGUUUGCUUGGCCGGGGUCGCAUCUCUCGGCAUUGUCUGCUCCACACGCCAGCUGCUGAGCGGGGAUUUCUCCAAGGGGACGGAGGCUGCGCACGCGACGUACGUCUGCCUGUCAGCUCUCCUGGGCUGCGUCGACCUGGGCCAGAUCCUGCCCACGCCGUCCUACGGGAGCUUGCCCGACUGGCAGGCACUGCGCAUGGACUUUGUCGAAGACUGGCCCGAGCUGGCGAUUUGGAUACCAGAUCCGCUGCGGUUCUUCUUCCAGGUGCAGGGCCCCGUCCUGCGCAGCAGCCGCUGGUUGCAUGGAAGCGAUGCUUCCGCACGAGUGGCCUCUCUUCUAUCUUCCCGGCAGAGGGGCAAGACAGCUUCUGCAGCUACGGCGUGCUCGGGCGUGUGGAACCUGACGACGGAACACCCUUGCUGGUCGAUGCAAGGUGCUAGGAAGGACUCCAAGCCGGGGGAGGUGGCUCAGACGAGGAUCCUGGGAACCGGCCUGAUGAAGGCGGGGACAACGGUGAUUUGGCAGUGCCUGGCUGCAGCAGGGAACUUUUCCAUGGGUCGAGCCGGCUUGGACUGCGACGGGCUGGCCGAGGCAUGCCAUUGUUUGCCUUCAUGGUAG